AUGGUGACAGUGGAUGUAGGGGCAGGGAUUAUAGGCCUCUUGAUUCUGGGCAUUGGGAUUUAUGCAGAAAAUGAGAGACAGAAGAACAGAACCCUUGAAGGCAUCUUCCUGGCACCGGCUGUCAUCCUCCUCCUCCUUGGAAUUCUGAUGUUUGUAGUUUCUUUUAUUGGAAUGGUAGGGUCUCUGCGAGACAACUUACCUCUGGUGAAAACUUUUUUCUGGGUGCUGUUGGUUGUCUUCCUCAUUCAGAUCCUACUACUCAUCAUUGAGCUGGUGUGUGAGAACCAGAUUAUAAAGUUCGCUCAUGCAAAUAUUUUGGUUGGCAUCAGGCAAUACUAUGACGACUUGGAUUUUAAGAAUAUUAUGGACUACGUGCAAGAGAAGUUCUCCUGCUGUGGAGGUGAUGAAUUUACAGACUGGAAGGUGAAUCAGUACCAUUCCUGCAACACUACAGGCCCUUUGUCCUGUGGAGUCCCCUACACGUGCUGUGUAACAGGCAAGAAUGCUGGAGGAGUAAAGAACACGCUUUGCGGAUACCAGACGCUGGAUAAAGAGAGACUGGAAGUUUUGCAUCUUAUCCACGUGCGAGGCUGCAUUCACGCUAUGGGCAUGUGGUUCACUGAUAACUAUGGAGUGACAAUUGCACUGGUUUUAGCGCUCCUGGCUCCCCAGGCACUGGGUAUUCUUCUGUCCUGGUUUUUCUGGAGGAAGCUUAAAGCUAUUUGCUUUGCCCCUGAUGAUGUGGAUUUCAGAUCCCUAAAAAUAAGACAAAUUAACUUCAAGGAGCUAGAUCUGAGUGGUGCUGGAUGUUGCCAUUGCUUCCCCCGGGAAGAAGGAUAUAUCCCAGUUAAUAGAGACAGUGAUGAGGAUACAUGAACUAGACUUCAGUAGAGCUAACUGGUUCCUGCCAGCAUCCAGCUUGGAGUAAAGCUUCAGUCAGGAAUAAUGAGUGUGAACUGAAAGCAAAUCAUACACCGUGAGAUCUGAAGCCUUGAAUGGGUCUUGUUUAUGGGACAAAAUCAAUGGAAGUAAAGGAACCUUAUGAGCAGACUUUUUUUUUUAAGUAGAUUCCCUAUAGAAUAGUGAAAAUCUGCAAUUCAAUAGAUACUUUUUUAUUUAACUAGAGGUAUUUUUUUACGUGCUGUUUUUAUAAAUAAAAAAAAUUGAACGUG